AUACUAGCUGUCACUGUCAAUUAAUAGGUUAAAAUAAAUAUCGGAAAAAGGAGAAAUAUCUAUUAUUAUUGUUAUUUAAAAAUGUCUCACACUCAAUUUUUGGACGAAAUGAUUCGAGAAUAUUUAUUAUACAGAGGAUUCGGUUCGACUUUAAAAGCAUUUGAUGCAGAAUUAAAAGCAGAUAAGAUGAAAAGCUUUAGGGUGGACAAGAUAAUAGAUCAGUUAAUAUUUUUUAUUAACAGCUACGAUCUUAGUUCCCUUAGGGAAUUGUGGGGUCAUUUAAAUAGACACAUGUUUUCCAAAUUAGAGAGCAAUUUCUUACCAAGUAUAAGAAAAUUAGAAAAUGAAGUUUUGAAAAUGUAUUUGGUAAACACAGUGUACAAUAAUAAACCUGAAAAAAUGAAUGAUUUCUUUUUGAAAAUGACACCAGAGCUACAAAAUCAGAAUGAAUGGAAAGAUUGGUUUGUGUUACCAUAUGUUAAAAACCCAGAAGAAAAUCCUACCUUUGCUCUUCAUUUUACUAAGCAAUGGCAAGACAAAGUAUUAAUUUCUCUUCAUAAUUUCUUAGCCACAAUAAUUCAGUACAUGCCAACUCCAACACUGAUGCAUUACGAAGAAGAUGUCACUAAAAUCAACAAACUCGAAGAAAGAAAUGAUUCUUUGAAAAAACGAUUGGCCCUUCUAUUAGAUAAAGGUCCACAAGCUAGUGUGACUCCAUGUCAGGUGGAACAUCCUCCUCAUCUGUUAGAUGAUUUUUAUGUUAUAGCCCAAGAAAAUAAUUUGGGAGAAAGUCAGGCCCGCAGUUUAAGAAAUAUUAUAAAAAAUAUGAGUAGUAGUGCUAGUCCGAUUUUAGGUAGAAAAGAUGUGAUAAAUAAGAAAAGGGUUGGGAAAUAAAUGCCAAAGAUGUUAUUUUUUGUUUGAAUCUCUGCAUUUUGUUAAUGUUAUAUGAAUCUAUAUUAUGUAUUGUAUAUUGUUCAUUGAGAAUAGAAAGUAAGAAUAAAACAUAGCAUAUAA